AUGUUCUUGAAUGAACAAUUCCUUGCGGGUCAAAAGUUAUAUGAAAAAACUGAAAAUUCGAACUUGGCUUCUUCCGAUCCAAUAUAUCAGGACAAAAAAUUCAUAGAACAAGAAACUGGCGGAAUGAACAAGGAUGCGGCGAGGAGACGUGAGGAGAAGAUUGCACGUUACAAACGAGAGAAAGAAACCAAAGUCACAUUAAUGAAAUUACAGCAGCUAUUGUCUUCAAUCGGUGACGACGACAAGGAAGAUGUUAAUCGAAAGCACGUUUUAACCCUCAUCGAUCUCUUCAUUCAAAAAUCAAUUGAACAAUUAAUGUCGAUUAAUCAGGAAAUUAAUUUACUGGCUCAAAUGAAAAAAAGAGAUCGCAGAGGUGAAGCUUCCUCUGGAAGGACCAACGACGAUAGAGUUGAAGUUUCAACCAGAGAUGAUAACGGUCCGUUGUUAUCAUCGAAUGGACGUAUCCUUCGUCCAUUCGUCAUUACGGACAAACGUGAGGAGAUGCGGGAACAAGUAUUUCGACCAGGUUGGCGACUUCCCACAAUGACCAUCGACGAAUAUCUUCAGCAGGAGGCCGAACGAGGAAAUAUCAUUGAUGGGGGAGGUCAAAAGCAGUCGAAGAAAGUGAUCGAUGAUAACGAUGAGAGCGCCAUAGACGCGGAAACAUAUAAAGCGCGGGAAUGGGAUGAAUUCAAAGAUUCCAAUCCACGUGGUUGGGGAAAUAGGAUGGGUAAAGGUUGA